UUAUUCUGUUAACAGAUUAGAUAUGGUGCGUAUAAAUCAACAGCUGGUGUAAAACUGUAACGGUUACCCUGUCUUGUUUCACUGUUGCCCUCUUGUUUUCCAUCUUGUCACUUUUGCACUUCUUAGUUUUCACUUUAGUCCCUUAUGUAACUCCAUAGUCCUCUGUUAGCGUUCGUGUUCCCUGCCACUGUUUUCACCUGCCCUCAUUAGUUUGCCGUUUGCUUCUGUUAAUCACCUUAUUAUCUUGUUUGAGUUCUGUUCGUUCAUUGGCCCCUUUUUCCCUUGUUUGUGUAUUUAUACCCCGUGUCUUUGUUCAGUCUUUGUCGAUCGUCGUUUGAUGUCAACCUGGUGUGUGUUUCCUCCUCGAGUCCCCUGUUUGCUUACGUCGUGUUUAAUUUACUAUUUUAUGUGUCAUUUCCCCAUCGUGGGUUGUUCCUUUGUGUUUUCCUGUUUUGUUCAUGUAAUAAAGUUCAAACUGCGUUUGGAUCCGCAUCUCCUCGUCUGCCUCGUUACUCAAGCGUUACAAAAACUUUAAUCCGAAAUGUCCAUUUGUUUCAAGGAUUAAAACAUAUGUUCCCAGACACUUAACCAUGGCAUCAUGUAUUUUACAAGGGCCUUUAUCAGCAGGCCUGAAAAUUCUGACAGGAGAAUCGCUCUUCAGAAUGAGAUGGGAGGGAGUGAGAAAAAUGAAGAGGUCAUUGGAAAGGAAACUCUAGAACAAAGAGGCCUUCAACGAGCUAAACGUUUCCUGGGUCAUAUGCUUGUCCAAAUAAGGGGCAGAAGCCGUAGUCAUUGUAUUGAUUUACACAAUCCAGCAUCUAAUUCACUGGGUCAGAAAUAGCACUCAUACUGUUGUCAAGUCCUCAUAUAUCACAGCAAAGCCUGCGGAUAGUGUGUUAUGGUCAUGAAGACACAGAGAUUGCAAUGUUGCAGUGAUAUUGCGUGAGGGUAGAAGGAGGUUGAGUUCAAGGGUGAUUUUAAGUGCCCUCAGGUCACAAUUUAUAGGGCACUUGAGUCACGUAUACAAUAUUGAAUAGUUUUGUAUUCAAAUGAUUUAAGAUGUAACAUAAACGUUUUCUAAUAAACAGAAGAAUUCUCGUUAUUUUAAAGUACGUUUAUAAAUCUAGACCUUCCCCAACCUGAAUAUAACUCUCUGAAUCAUAUAAGCAGUAAAUCAGCCAUAGAGUAUAUUUCAUUGUUUAAUAUGCAUAAAAAAUUCUAAAUCGGACACAGGAAGGACAUUAAUGUAUUUCUGUAUCGUGAAAUGGAGAGGGUAACAGCAAAUACAGAUAAAAAACUACAUACAUGAACUGAAUUGUAUGUAUUCAAGUUUUAAAUGUUUCUAAUAUUGGGAAUGAGAACAAAGGAAUAAAUUCACAGACUCCAGGUUAACAGGAAUUAAUCCCAAAUAACAUUACGCCUGACUUUGUAAUACUGUAUUGUGAUUUACUCUAACACACUUGCAGUAUGAAGCAGUGAAGGGAGGGAAACCAUCUGAACUGACAUGGUUGGGUACCUGCCAUGUAAUGUGUGUGUUUAUGAAAGAGAGAGAGAAAGAGAGCGAGAGAGAUGGUUGGAUGGGGUGCAUGGCCGGAACUAGCCAAUGUUGACAGUCUGAGGGGCGGAGCACCCCUUGAUCGUUUCACAUAUCAAACAGGGCUGGGGCAACUUUCCUAGGGUACCUGCCCUCCCCCUUCACCCAGGAGACCUGGCCAUGGUUUAAACGGUGUAAGUUUAACACCGUUUUUUUUAGAGAAACAAAGUGUGUGAUGAAUAAAGAAAUAAUUAAACAAAUAAAUCAAUUUAAAAUAAAAGGGAUAUUUCCUCCUUCCCUGUAUCAAACAGCCUUUGACUUUCCCAUCUGUACAUUCCUACAUAAAUACCACUAUUUGUUUCUCACCUGAGGUAUAGUUAUACAGAGAGAAACUAAUAAUAACACAAUACUUCUAAAUAGAAUGAACUUGUUGCUGCCAUAUGAUCACUUCCAUUAUUGCAGUGUCAAAUAAUCUUCAUUGUAAAGGGUCAUAACAGCUUUCACCUUGCUCAAGGGCAAAAGAGAAUUCUAAUAAGUGUGAUCUCAGACUGCAAACAGCAGAACAUUACUAAUUAUGGUUGGAAAGACCAUCCAGGUGGCACAAGCCAAGAAGACUACAUUGAAGACUAGAGCCAACCUACCAUGACACCAAAUCUCUUGAACAGUGACAAAAAAUAAUCCAUUCUAUGUUUUAAAACAAAUAUGUAUUUACAAACACUGUUAUUUACACACUGUCUUCUAAAAUCGUAUUAAAUAUUUAUAAUAUAUAAUACAACAUAUGUUCAAAUAUGUAAAAAAAAAAAAAAAUAGUAGUAGCAUGACAAAGCUGUAUCAUGAGUUUGAGGAUUUAUAAAGGGCAGGAGGAAUCUUGUCAUGUCGCCAGAGGCACAAUCAUAAACCCAACACAAAAACUCACACACAGACAAUUUAAAAUGCAGAUCAGACAUCUCCGGAACAUCUAUGUUUAUCUCACACCGAUUAAAUCAGCCCCUGCAGUAUGUCCAAUCAAACUGUUAGACGCUAAAGCAGCCGAAACUUAAAAUGAAUUAAAAAUUACAUAAAAACAUUUAAUAAAUAAAACUUGAGAUUUUCAGUAGCGCUGCAAAAAGUAACGUGUCUUUAAUUAUAGACUGUUUAACCAUGACAUUUGAAUUGAAUCUAAUGACUCAUUAUUGAUUAACAACAACAACGCAAAUAUUUAUUAAAAUGUAUAUUUUUUAAAUUAACAUGACAUUAUGCCAUCGAUCACAUUUUAGACUUUCAUUAAAACGCUGAAAACGAAUUAGAUGUCGUCAAAGACGCACCAAUGUGUAGGCUACCUUAAAACAAGAGAUAAAAAAGACAUGGUCCUUUUACAUAUAUACUAAAACGAAAAAUAUGUUUUUUAAGAUUGUUAAAUUCUAUUUAAAUUGAAACGACUAAUUGGAGACGGAAUGCGACCGAAAUGAAAAUCAAUAUGCUGCAAGCAUCCCAGGCCUUUAUGUUUACGCAUCUAAAAAACAAAUAGCCUAUUACAGACUAUGUCAAACGACGAAUAUGAAGAUUCGCAGUGCUAACAAUAACAACAAUAAUAAUAAUAUUUUUAAAUAAUUAUUUUAUCAUAUUUCAGAUUCAAUAAUUUGCAAGAUUGAGGGAUUCGCUAUUGAGAAGUGUAAUUCAUGUUUUACCGUCAUUGGAACAAAACUGAACGCAAUCCAAUAAAUUGUUUAAACGAAUUUUAAAUUGCAUCCAUUUUAAAAACGAGAUAUAGCUAUAAUUUUGUGUAGCUAUAUUAUGUCAUAAGACAUUAAAUAAGUUAAUUUAAACGCUGGAAAUACUAUCAAAACUCAUAACACUGAAAUGCGUAAAUAUACAUAUAUAUAUAAAAAAUCAGAUCAACGAAAAACAUCAUACAUGUCAAACUAGACAACACUCUACUCUGAAUAAAUAAAUAAAUUAAUUAAUAAAAUGCCAUCGAUGUGUUGGUCAAAUUGUAGUCUAAUACAAAAAAACGAUACUGAAAUAAGACAAUUUAAAACUCAUAAAUGAUCAAAUCAUAUAAUAGCUAUUCGUUUUGGCUAUUUAAAUAUGGCAUUCCUCUGUAAUAUUACAUUAGUUAUUAAAUACAAGCAGACGUAUUUAAUAAGAAGAGCAGGAUUCCGAUAAAGACCGCAAAUAGACCUGUAUCUUCACCCUCCAAAGUGUAGGUGUGUUUCCACCAGACGAGUCUUCCUUAGAUUUAGUUGUGUAUAAAAGCUGAGGAUUAAUUUGUCGUCAAUAAACUGAAGGCAGUGACGAGCCUGGCCGUGAUUGGGCGAGUUUCAAACCCUCCCUUUAUCAUUUUACUGGAGUGAGUUCGGAGGUCUUAAAUACACCAACACCGGCAGCCGCCACCGCUAGGACACGCACAAGAGCACCGUGCACUUUCCAAACCCUAUUGCAAACUUAGAGAAAAAUAAAUAAAUAUAAACAUAUAAUUUUUUUGGUCGCAAUUUAAAACAGAUGCUCAUGAUUUAACCGCCUGACUUUGCGCAUGUGCUCCACGCACAAAUAAAAGGUUGAUUUUUCCGUAACCAACUUUCCCUUUUUCCUCUAAAUAGUUGACUUUCUUCUCUAAAAUUGGCUCCUGUACAAACAGCCGCGUUGGAUCCCUCGGGCUACUGCGAGACUCCGGUGUACAACCCGGAUCUCUGUCCAAAUAUGAUUGCCGCCCAGGCCAAGCUGGUGUAUCAUCUCAAUAAAUACUACAAUGAGAAAUGCCAGUCUCGGAAGGCGGCCAUCUCCAAGACCAUCCGGGAGGUGUGCAAGGUGGUCUCCGACGUCCUGAAAGAGGUGGAGGUCCAGGAGCCCCGUUUCAUCAGCUCCUUAAACGAAAUGGACAACCGCUUCGAGGGGCUCGAGGUAAUCUCGCCGACUGAAUUCGAGGUGGUCCUCUAUCUCAACCAGAUGGGGGUCUUCAACUUCGUGGACGACGGCUCUCUGCCGGGCUGCGCCGUGCUCAAGCUCAGCGAUGGGCGGAAGAGAAGCAUGUCUCUCUGGGUUGAGUUCAUCACGGCUUCGGGAUACCUGUCGGCGCGCAAAAUCCGCUCCAGGUUCCAGACGCUCGUGGCGCAGGCGGUGGAUAAGUGUAGCUAUAGGGACGUCGUUAAAAUGGUCGCGGACACAAGCGAGGUGAAAUUACGCAUCAGAGACAGAUAUGUCGUUCAGAUUACCCCAGCUUUCAAAUGUACUGGCAUAUGGCCGCGCAGCGCUGCCCAUUGGCCACUGCCUCACAUCCCUUGGCCUGGUCCAAACCGGGUGGCAGAAGUCAAAGCAGAAGGUUUUAAUCUGUUGUCGAAGGAGUGUUACUCAUUGAACGGUAAACAGAGCUCGGCGGAGAGCGACGCCUGGGUGUUGCAGUUCGCCGAAGCUGAGAACCGACUGCUGCUGGGAGGGUGCAGGAAGAAAUGCCUUUCCCUGCUAAAGACUUUACGCGACCGUCACCUUGAACUACCGGGACAGCCUCUCAAUAACUACCACAUGAAAUCUCUGGUGUCUUACGAGUGCGAAAAACACCCGCGAGAGUCGGACUGGGACGAAAACUGCCUCGGGGAUCGACUGAACGGGAUUUUAUUGCAGCUCAUUUCGUGCUUGCAGUGCAGGAGAUGUCCCCAUUACUUUCUACCAAAUCUAGACCUUUUCCAAGGGAAGCCUCAUUCGGCCCUUGAAAACGCAGCCAAACAGACUUGGCGACUGGCGAGAGAAAUUCUAACAAACCCUAAAAGCCUGGAGAAACUCUGAGGUAAAAUAAAUAAAUAAAAACCAUAACGUCAUGUUAGAAUGAGUUCUGACUGUUCGGAGUUCUGAGGCCUAUAGACGACGCUAAUCAGGAACUGUCCCACACAAAUGCUCACUGAUGAUGAAACAAAUCCACGGUUGUGUUGUCAAAUGUGCGAGCAUUAUGCUGUGCAUAAUAAAAACAAAAUAUUUUAGAUAGCUCCUUUUAAAAUAGUUCGCAUGACAUGAAUUUGUCAUGAACUUGUCAUAUUGUGUCGUCAUAAGGAGAGAGCAAAUUGUAUCAACAAUCAAAAUGAAUGGAUUGAAUGGAAAAAUUCUUCUUUUUUUUUUUUUUUUUUAUACGAGCCCUGCCCAACAACACAUUUUACCUAAAUGCUUUCAAAACAAAGCUACACGAGGAGCCUAUAUGACAGAAUCUAACCUGUACAUUUUAUACUGUAAAUAGACACAUUUGUAGAUUGUGAAUCCGGUGGUCUGCAGUUGUGAAUGUUGUUAUGUGACACGUACAUAGAAGUAUAAUUUCACCUGUUUUAACAUACGCCUGGAUUAUUUCCGAUAGAAAUGUAAGACGAAGAAGAAGAAAAAACAUUUAGACCUGCAUUAAUGAUAGUUUAUCUAUUGUCAAUGGCAAGUUUCACAUUUCUAUGGUUUACAUUUUGAUGGUAGGCCUACUAUUUGUUACGUUCCUAAACAUUCCAUACGCAUACUUGAAUUCUUCUUAUUUAAAGUAUAUUCGACCGUUUUUGUUUGUACCUUGCUUACAUGAUAAAAGGCUGAAAUUGAGACUAUAUAUAUAUGAAAAAAAUAUAUCUGAAAAUAAUGCACUUGAAAUACACUGGAAUAUAAGAUUUUGUGAUUUGAUUUUUUUUAUAUAUGUCUCUGGGU